CCAGCGUGGGCCGUGUUGGGACUUGCCCAGCAGGCUGCUGAGUGCCGGCCCUUUGUCAACCGUGUGCAGGAUGGACAGCUCCAAGGAGGACUUCAAUCUGCAGCUCGCCCUGCACAGCUUCAAACAAUGUCUCAACGAGAAGGAGGAGGUGCUGCUGGACCCCUACCUGGACGGCUGGCAGGGUCUGGUCAGGUUUCUGAACAGCAUGGGUGCCGUCUUUGCUUUCAUCUCCAAGGACCUGGUGGCAAAGCUGCAGAUCAUGGGGCAGCUGCGGGCCGGCUCUCAGCGUGACCAGUACUGCAGCCUGCAGUCCAUGGUGGCCUAUGAGCUGGGCCACCAGCUGGUGGACCUGAAGCGUGCCUCCCGCCACCCCAGCUCGGGCUGCCGCACGGUGCUGCGGCUGCACCGCGCCCUCAAAUGGCUCCACCUCUUCCUGGAGAAGCUCCGUACCAGCCCCCAGGAUGCCAGCACUGCCGCGCUCUGCACCGACUCCUACAACGCCACACUGGCCGCCUACCACUCGUGGGUCGUCCGCCGGGCCGCCACCCUCGCCUUCUGCGUACUGCCCACCCGCACGGCCUUCCUGGAGGCCAUGAAUGUGGGCCCCCCCGAGCAGGCCGUGGAGAUGCUGGGGGAGGCGCUGCCCACCAUUGAGCGUGUGUACCACGUCUCCCAGAAACUGUACGAAGACCACGCACUGUUGGACCUGCCCUAGGCCGGCGGCAGUGCCCAUACAGUCACCCAGCAGGCAUCCCUGAGAACUGGGCCCAGGGGUGCUGCCUCCGCCACCCGGCUGUUGUGA